AUGGCGACUUUACCGGUGACGCUCCCGGAAAACCCCGAGUUUAGCUCAAGAGAGCGAGUUGCGGACCAUCUCGCGAUCAUGCGAAAAUUCAAACGCAUUUUGGAGGAUGCGGAGCAACCUGGUAAUUACACGCAUAGAUUCCCACCCCCUCCUCGCGGCGUUUCAGGUCAGGAACAAGAGGGUAAAUGGAGAGUACAAUGCCUGCUUAUGAGCGCUGAGGUCCGGUACUCGAGGUACCUUCGAAUGUUGGAAAGCUGGAUUGGGUCUCAUGGCGUCAAAACACCUAAGAAUGAGUGGCCGCUCCCACCAUGGGACGUGGCCAUCAUAUUUUAUGCUCAUCUCCUCUCACCAUUCAAAUUCGAGAGCGACAUCGCGUCAAGUUUCCAGAUUCUUUGGAGAGCAGAGAUCGAAUUUCUUCUUGCAAGAAUGCGCGCAGUCGAAACAGAUAAUGCAAGUAAACUUGCAUGGAUGAACGAGUAUCCCAAUAUCCCUUAUCAGACUGUUGAGUUUACUCCUGAUGGAGAUCACGCAUACAUCACUGCUGAGAAUGUUUUAGACAUCCACGGCUAUAAGUGUGGUUCGAAGCACUGCAAGAACAAGGAAACAUAUGUCAUCCCAAUGAAUGAAUGGUCCAAAUACCGGGUUGGCCGAGCCAAUCUCAUCUGUCCAGGUUGUAAGACGACGUUCACUAACAGAGAGACCAAGCCUAUAGCCAAACCUACAGCCCUGCUUGAAUUCUCCCGUGUUGCGUUCGGGUUCCCUGUUUUUGACCUAUGGGACAGUCCUCAACGACAGUUUGGCAAGCAAGGUCUUGUGGACCGGAUUCUGGCCUUGACCCAGGUUCAAGGCCUGGUUUCGGACCAUACUUUCCGCUAUCUUAAGUUCCUGCAGCUCAUAAAAGAGAGUAAAUCAACCCUUGUCCCGACGCUCGACAUCGAUCUUCUCUGGCACACUCACCAGCUCUCACCAGCCGCGUACAACAAGUACUGUGAGACGCACGUAGGGCGACGGGUUAACCACGUCGAUACCAUCCACACGGCAAGCCGCUCCACGGGGGAGGAUGACACGGCGCGCCUCUGGGCGAUACGGUACGGCGAGUCCUACUUUGACCCGGAAAAUAUGGCCAAGAAUACAGAGAUCGAACGACGUAAAGCCACGUGUAAGCAGAAGCAGGAGGCCAUAGGAGCCAAACUGGCUGCGUACGACUACAGCCACCAAGAUAUAAAGAAAGAGCUCGACGAGGCAAGCGACCUUCUCGCAGCCAAACACGCCAGCAUGCGCAAAACACAUACUGCGGUGAGCACGCUCAACGCGGCGGUAGCGGACGUAGAGACAGCGAAAGAGUCGGUCAAGCCGGCACUGCGGCUACUCGAACUGCGUUACUACCGCCGAUUGCAAAGGCAGCAGCUGCGGGAACUGGAAGAUAAACACCGGCUGCUGGUGGAGGAGUAUAUGCACAAGCAGCGCGAGGUGGGGACUCUCAGGCUCGAAUAUGAGGUGGCACAGGAGCAGAAGCUCCACUGCAAGAAGGAAUGGGAGCAGGCACAGGAGGCGAGGCAGCUCCUAGAGCAGCAGCUCGCGGCUGAGGUGACCUUAGCGACAGAGGCGAUCUGGCAGUUCAAUUUAGAUGGUGGGGAUAACCAUGAUGAUCAGCAGCAGUACCAGGAAGACCGGUAUGACGGGUCGUGGUACUCGAUCGUGCCGUCAGAGGUACAGCCCUAUACCUAUACGCAGGGUAUUCUGGGGGAGGAGGAGGAGGGUGCGGUGGAGGAGGGUACGGUGGAGGAGGGUGUGGUGGAGGAGGGACCGCUGGCGGAGGGUGCGGUGGUGGUGGUGGUGGAGGAGGAGGAGGAGGAGGAGGAGGGGGAGGAGGGGGAGGAGGGGGGGGUGGUGGUGGAUGCGGCGGAGGAGGAGGAUGCGGCGGUGGAUGCGGCGGAGGCUAACCCUGAGGCAUGGCAGGCAUAG